AUGGAUGACGCGAAUAUUCACCAGGUGGUUGACAGUGAGGAAGGAGGUCUUAAGUUACGGGAGGACAUAGACAGAUUGAUUUUGGCACUAAUAGCUUUCAUCUGCAUUGAAACGGUGAAGGAGUGUUUGCCAUGUGGGGGCCUGUACUUUUUCGAGUUUGUUAGCUGCACGGCGUUUGUGGUGACUGGAGUUCUGUUGCUGAUGUUCAGUCUGAACCUACACACGAAAGUACCACAGAUCAACUGGAAUUUGACGGAUUUGAUCAACACUGUGGUCAGUGCUAUGCUGUUCUUCAUCGCCUCCAUCGUGCUAGCAGCUAUGAAUCAGAAGAAAGGAGGGGAGAUUGCUGCUGUGGUAUUUGGGUUCCUGGCCGCGGGUGUCUACGCAGUUAAUACAUACUUGGCGUUCAAGAUUUGGAGAUUAAGUGCUCGGCGCCAAACUGGGGGUCCAGCCAGUGAGUACACGCGCGCCCGAUCGGAAUCUCGGGGAGAGGUGGAGAGUCGGCCUGAGAUCCAACGUUUGGAAGGGUGAAGAUUGAACUGGCCUUCCUCUGCAGCGGAGAGAGAGAGAGAGGAGAGUGUCUGAGCUCUGCAAUACUUGGCAGCUGAAGGAUCGAACAUCCAACAUUUACAGAACAGACACUUGUGAUUUUUUUUCUUUCUUUUACAGUUUGGAAUAUUGUAGAAGGGCAGACUAAAGGUGGAGAGAUGGAAUAUCAAGGUUUGGAGUUGUCUUAUGUUAACCCAUGGCCAUGUAGUUGCCAGGGAAGGCCCUGUGGCUCUGAGCAAUGCUCCCUGUCCCAGGCUCCUGCUGUAUGGAGUGAUAUCCAAACCUGGUCCUUGUUGUGCCUCGUGCCUGUUGUGGCCCUGAUUGGAGAUGCUCAACUAUCAGCAGCUGCUUAAUAACGAAUAAAAAUUCUCUAUUUAUUGGGAAGCGGGUUUGAAGGACAGUUUGAAAACUUGUUUUGGAGUGGGAGUGAAGUUCCUGAGAGGGGUGAUGGUGAGAAUUAGCAUGAGAGGCUGUUUUAGUCUAAUGUAUGAAAGAGUAACACAAUGUUGAAUAAACAGUGCAGAAUGGAGCUUUGAA